CUAAUCAAAUACAGGCGGACGUACAGAAGUUGUUUAGCGGUGGACGAGAUGGGUGAAACCUCUUCGGUUGAGAAUGAAUUUGAUGACUGGUUUAUCGAGUCUUUGAAAAUAUACAAUCAUAUUCACGAGUAUCAACUUGAACAUCCUACAAGAGCAAUUGAAUGGACAUCAGAAAAAACUAUAUGUGUUGCAGGUUACAAUUCGGAUAAAAAUGAAAUUUUAGAGCUGCUUUUGCCACCGAAACUUUUCGCUGAUGAUAAUCAGGGUCUUUGUGCAGAACGAGAUUUCAAAGUUGUCCAUGGAGGUUUCUCAGAUGGCUCCAUUCAUUGCCUCAAACACAUUCCAGGAACAAGGUGUGUCGUUACCAAUGAUGGCUUCAACUCAAAUCUCCAGGUGUGGGACUUAGGAGGAGACGGUUGUGAUGUCAUAAAGAGGACAGGAGUUUUACAACUGAAGACUGCAUCAUCAGAUAACAGUGUCAAAAUAGCCCCUGGGUUAACUGGAGGCCCAUGUGUUCUUCAUGGCUCUCAGAUCAGCGAUAUUCAACUCACUGAGCUGACGUCAGGAAAGCCACUCUACUCUCUGGGGAAAGACAUUCCAGAUUUACUAAGCUCCCUGCAAUUUGUGAGUGGCAGUGUAUUUCUCGCUUGUGCCUGCAAUGGCGACCUGUAUGUGGGGGACACACGGAAGCCUUCCGCUCCUCAGAAUAACCCAGCUGGAGGGAGAGAAGGCGCCCUCUGGUGUAUGGGUGUUAAGACAGACCUGUCCUCAUCAGACCCAUCCUCCUGUAGUGUAGCAAGGCUCUCCUCCGCCUGCCAAGUGGUUGUGUCUGAUCUAAGGGACCUGAGAGCCCCCUUGUGUCAAGCCCAGCUUCAUGUCCAGAGGAAAACUACCAGUGAUGACUUCAUGAAGGUGACAUGGGCGCCUGCUUUAGACAACUGUCUGGCUGUGUCAGGUUUUGAUGGAAUGGUGCAAAUCUACGACACUGCCUCUUGGAGACCAGAGUUGAUGGAAUUCCAGCCUUUUUUUAUCCACCGAGGUCACAUGAUGUCCGAUGAUCAGUUUGACACUUCAUUAGCUGUGGUCACCACUCAUGUUUGGCAUCCAAGUCGACCCAGGACUGUCCUCUCUGCUGCUGUAGACGGGUCUGUGCAUGUAUGGGACUGGGUCGACAAAGCCACUGCCAGCUGUUGACAUUCAAACACACUUACAGCUCAAUGUUAAUCAUUAUGCAGCUUUGGACCUUGCCUGAAGUCUACAUGUUCUUUUCAUUAUGUAAGGAAUAUGUAAAGCACUAUUUGUGAUAAGAUGACACUUGUUCAUCUUCCCAUUCUUAUGGGUAGUUGUUAUUCCCAUACUGUACACACAUUUGCACGGAAGAGGUAUUCUGAGUUUGUACUAUUAUAUUUUGUAAGAGACAUUCGAUUAUAACAUUUUCAUUAAACUGAUCUCUUCAUGUACCUGCUAAAUAAGACAAACCCUGGACAAUGAA